AUGGCACGGACAUGGCGCGACAUGCAGGUCGUUGAUCCGGGGAAGAAAAGUGUAGCCGAAGCAGCAAUUGGAGAAAAACCGGGGAAGGAGAAGAGCGGAGAUAACUUUCUGGCCAAUCGGAAUGGGCAUUUAACAUUUCCGGCAGCUAGUCGGCCGUUAGUCGGCGAUAUGCAGAAGCAUUUCGGACCCUUGGCGGAAAUAUGGAGCGGGGCUAUGAGCAACAUCCGAGCAGACGCCGGGAAUGAGAUGAUAUAA